UGUCUAUAUCUAGUAUCGUGAACUUAGUACAAGCGAGACGUCGUUUCGUGCGGAGAGCGAGCGCUGUGAAUUUGAAUUGAAAAAAAAUAUAUAUUUAAAGAAGAAAAUUUAGCAAAAAAUUAGAAGAAAAAAAUUCAUAGAGCAAAAAAAAAAAAGAAGGUUGUGAAACAGAAAAGAAAAAAUCUACCUAUUUUGCAGUGUAAAGUUUUACAAAAUUCCGAGAGCUGCGAAGUUGAAAUAAAUCCAUUUUUUUUUUUUGUUCUGGGAAAAGUGGUGCCAUUUGUGGAGAAAAAAAAGCAAACGAAAUGUCAAAUAUGCAAUAACUUCAGAUUUCCCCAAAACGAAUAAAUUUCUUUCUCGUAGAGAAAACACUCAAGGUGUUUUUUUCCUUUGGCCGAUUUUUUUCCUUUCUUUCUUUCAACCUACCUAUAUGAACCAGUGACGACAGAAAAAUCGGCGACCGCGGCGGCAACGACACACAAACGGGGCAGCACAUACCAAAUAUUCCCCAAUAUUACAUUUGUACAAAAAAAAACGCGCACACACACCCCAACCUACAUACAUAGAUCCAUAUAAAAAUUAAAAAAAAAAUAAAACAAAAGAGAGAGAGAGAGAGAGAAUCGUGAACAGUGAAAAUAAAUAUUCCCCCCCAAACGAAGUGAGCGAGUGUGUGUCACAAAGCACACCGCCAGCACACACACAGCACUUAGUCAGCUGUGUGUGUUUGCUCCAACAACAUAACAGCUGAUUGGAGUAUCCCCAUUAAAGAGGAAUAAAUUAGUACGCGAGUGAGUGAGAGCAACGAGAGAGUGGUGGUGGUGAGCGCCAAGAAAAAAAAAUACAAAGUUAUAACAAAUGGCCACCAUCGAUGGACGACCCGCACAAUAUGGGAUAUCACUUAGGCAAUUGCGCGACCUCAUGGAACAUCGGGGUCGCGAAGGUGUUCACAUGGUAGAUCAGAUGGGCGGUGUCAACGAAAUCUGUAAAAAAUUAUACACUUCCCCCACAGAUGGUUUAAGUGGAUCGAAAUCCGACAUCGAACAUAGACGAGAAAAUUUUGGCUCGAAUAGCAUACCACCGAAACCUCCGAAAACAUUUUUAACUCUAGUCUGGGAAGCAUUGCAGGAUGUGACCCUCAUAAUUUUAGAAGUAGCUGCGAUAGUCUCCUUGAUUCUGUCGUUUUACAAACCCGCCGAUGAAGAUGCUCCUGUUUUGGAAGAAGAAGACGACCAUUAUGGCUGGAUUGAAGGCCUGGCCAUUCUAAUAUCCGUGGUUGUGGUGGUCCUGGUCACCGCCUUCAAUGACUACUCCAAAGAGCGGCAAUUUCGUGGUCUGCAGAAUCGCAUAGAGGGCGAACACAAAUUCUCUGUCAUACGCGGUGGCGAGGUGUGUCAAAUCUCGGUGACAGAUAUUGUGGUUGGUGAUAUUGCCCAAAUCAAGUACGGUGAUCUGUUGCCGGCCGAUGGUGUUCUGAUACAGAGUAAUGACCUGAAGGUGGAUGAAUCGUCGUUGACCGGCGAAUCCGACCACGUCAAGAAGGGUGUCGAGUUCGAUCCCAUGGUAUUGUCCGGUACUCAUGUCAUGGAGGGCAGCGGUAAAAUGGUUGUCACCGCCGUCGGUGUCAACUCUCAGUCUGGUAUUAUUCUCACGCUGCUCGGUGCCACCGACGAAGAGUCCCAGGGCAAAAAGAAGAAGCUGAAGAAGGUUAUUGAAGAAGAAGAAGACGAUGUGGAGAAACAAGUCCCACCACCCAACAAAAGUAUUCCUCACAUUUCAGAUGGUCUCAAGUCUGAAACGGAAGGCAAUCAUGUCCAGAGUACCACCGGUUCGGCCCCCGAAUCCGAGGGCAAAAAGGAAAAAUCCGUCUUGCAAUCGAAACUCACCAAGCUGGCCAUUCAAAUCGGUUAUGCCGGCUCCACCAUUGCCGUGCUGACGGUCAUCAUUUUGGUCAUCCAAUUCUGUGUCCAGACAUUCGUCAUCGAGGAGAAGCAAUGGAAGAACACCUAUGCCAAUCACUUUGUCAAGCAUUUGAUUAUUGGUGUCACCGUUUUGGUGGUAGCUGUACCUGAGGGUCUGCCAUUGGCUGUAACCCUGUCGUUGGCCUAUUCUGUGAAGAAAAUGAUGAAAGAUAACAAUUUGGUACGCCACUUGGAUGCCUGCGAGACAAUGGGUAAUGCCACUGCCAUCUGUUCCGAUAAGACUGGUACAUUAACAACAAAUCGCAUGACAGUCGUCCAAUCGUAUAUUUGCGAGAAGUUAUGCAAAGUCCUGCCGAAAUACAACGACAUACCACAGAAUGUGGCCAAUUUGAUUACCCAGGGUAUUUCGGUUAAUUCCGCCUAUACGUCCAAUAUUAUGCCUGGUCCCACUCCCGAAGACCUGCCCACCCAGGUGGGUAACAAAACGGAAUGUGCCCUGCUGGGUUUUGUCCAGGGUUUGGGUGUCAAAUACCAGUCCAUACGUGAUGAAAUCACCGAAGAUAAAUUCACCCGGGUCUAUACAUUCAAUUCGGUGCGCAAGAGCAUGGGUACUGUGAUUCCUAGAAGCAAUGGUGGUUAUCGUCUCUUCAGUAAAGGUGCUUCCGAAAUUAUGCUCACUAAAUGUACCUACAUUUUCGGCCACAAUGGUGUCUUGGAACGUUUCACACCCGACAUGCAGGAACGUCUGAUCCGCGAGGUCAUCGAACCCAUGGCCUGUGAUGGCCUCCGCACCAUCUGCAUUGCCUAUCGUGACUUUGUGCCCGGCAAGGCAGCCAUGAACGAGGUGUCGAUUGAUCGUGAACCCAACUGGGAUGAUGAGGCUAAUAUUAUGUCAAACCUGACCUGUCUCUGUGUUGUCGGCAUUGAAGAUCCUGUCCGUCCGGAAGUGCCCGAAGCCAUCCGUAAAUGUCAGCGCGCCGGUAUUACUGUGCGCAUGGUUACCGGUGAUAACAUCAAUACGGCUCGUUCCAUUGCCACGAAAUGUGGUAUUUUGAAACCCGAAGAUGAUUUCCUAAUUCUGGAGGGCAAAGAAUUCAAUCGUCGUAUUCGUGAUAAUAAUGGCAAUAUUCAACAACAUUUGAUCGACAAAGUCUGGCCCAAGUUGCGUGUCCUGGCUCGUUCUUCCCCAACGGAUAAAUAUAAUUUGGUUAAAGGUAUCAUUGACAGUACCGUCAGUGACAAUCGUGAAGUUGUUGCCGUCACAGGUGACGGUACCAACGAUGGUCCGGCUUUGAAAAAGGCCGAUGUUGGUUUCGCCAUGGGUAUUGCCGGUACCGAUGUUGCUAAAGAGGCUUCCGACAUCAUCUUGACCGAUGAUAACUUUAGCAGUAUUGUCAAGGCUGUUAUGUGGGGUCGUAAUGUCUACGAUUCGAUAUCGAAAUUUUUGCAAUUCCAGCUGACCGUAAAUGUGGUGGCGGUGAUUGUGGCAUUCAUUGGUGCCUGUGCUGUGCAAGAUUCACCAUUGAAGGCCGUUCAAAUGUUAUGGGUCAACUUGAUUAUGGACACGCUGGCCUCCCUGGCCUUGGCCACCGAAAUGCCCACACCCGAUUUAUUGCUGCGCAAACCCUAUGGCCGUACGAAACCCCUGAUUUCGGCCACCAUGUUGAAGAAUAUUUUGGGCCAGGCCUUCUAUCAGUUGGUGAUUAUUUUCGGUCUGCUGUUUGUGGGUGACUGGAUUUUGGACAUCGAAUCGGGCCGUGGCCAACCUUUGUCGGCCGGUCCCACUCAACAUUUCACCAUUAUUUUCAACACCUUUGUCAUGAUGACAUUAUUCAAUGAAAUCAAUGCUCGCAAAAUCCAUGGACAGCGCAAUGUCCUCGAGGGAUUCUUUACAAAUCCCAUUUUCUACAGCAUUUGGAUAGCCACCGUUGUGUCACAGGUCGUAAUCGUUCAAUACGGCAAAAUGGCCUUCUCCACAAAAGCUCUCUCGCUCGAUCAAUGGUUGUGGUGCAUAUUCUUUGGUCUGGGCACCCUGGUCUGGGGACAACUCAUCACAUCACUGCCUACCAAGAGAUUCGAAAAGAUGGUGUCAUCAUCGUCGUGAACAUCGGCGGCCCCUCAAACUCACGCACAAAACUCCCAUAUAACUGGAAACCCACAGCAGCAGCUGCAGCAGCGUUAGGAGGAGAACGAAGAACAUCCACAAAAACAUACAUAUGUAUUUUUUUCAAAUUUUCUGGACCUGAGAAUAUCACAAAAAUCAAAGCAAGCAAACCCAAGAAGAUAACCUAUAAAAAAAUAUUAAAAUUUAACCUAAACAAAAAAACCAAAACCAGUCAUACUCUCUUCUCUCUACUCUAUACAUUAAGCUACAACAAGAAACUAAACUAAAAAAAAACAACAACAAAAUCGAGAAACAAAAAGCAAACAAAGAAAAAGAAGCCGAAGCAGAAGAAGAAGAAAAAUAGUAAAAUUUUUUCUCAUCAUGUUAUUCAUUAAAGCAAAUGUUCAAAUGUUUAAAUGUUCAAAUAAAGUGAAUUUAUUUUUUA